AUGGUCGACGAUGUGUGCGGACCGCUCAUGGCCGCUGGCCUCCACAGAAAAACCGGGCGUCCCGUAACAUGGCUCAUUGCCGGUGGCCUGACAUUCGGGUCGGAGUUCCACAUGUCGUUGAAUCUUGCAUCUCCGCGGCGCGCACCCGUUCAAUGGGCCACAACGUCGGCAACGGGAUCCAUUUCCCAGGACGGCCGGGGGUCACCCCUGACCAGAGGACCAUGGACCACGCCGACGAGGGCGGAAUCGUCAGCGGCCGCUUUCGCGUGGCUCGUCAGAGCUGCCGACUGGAUUACAGGGUUGCAAAUGCUAAUCCGCGGAGAGUAA